GCCAGCAUUUCACGAGCCUCCAAAACCCCUUGACCCAGAUUUUCAUAUAAAUUAUCUAAGUCGUCAAUCAAAAUGUUAUCUUUGUCUCUGCUAUUGCAAUUUCCUUCGGUUUUUCCCAGCAAUGUCUCGCUUUCUCCACUUCUUGCUCUUCUCUCUGUUCUUCCUUCUUCUGGUGCUCUCUGUUUCCGCCCACAGCGGCCACCAGGACGACGACGGCGGUGGAGCUGAUGAUGAUGCCCGGGGAUCCGAAGAAGACCAUCAUGACCUGCGAUCAGGACCCUUGAUUCUGGCUAAAAUUUGGUGUUUGAUUAUAGUAUUCUUUGCCACGUUCAUCGCUGGGGUUUCACCGUACGUGUGGAAAUGGAACGAGGGGUUCUUGGUUUUGGGGACUCAGUUUGCGGGCGGUGUGUUUCUUGGUACUGCAAUGAUGCAUUUUCUGAGCGACGCCAACGAGACGUUCGAGGAUUUGACUAACAAAGAGUAUCCCUUCGCCUUCAUGUUGGCUUGUGCGGGUUACUUAAUUACUAUGAUGGCUGAUUGUGUGAUUGCCUCCAUCUUUGCGAAGCAGAGCAGUGAUAUGAACGGUGUUGGGGCUGAUGUUGAGCUUCGAGGGGCUGAGGCAGGCAAAGGAAGCAGCAAUGGUCUAACUUCACAGUCACAACACCAGGUCCACCAUGCCCACAACCUUGCAAACCCUGCUCUGACAUCUGCCAGUUCACUUGGAGACACCCUAUUGCUGAUAAUUGCGCUGUGUUUUCAUUCUGUAUUUGAGGGCAUAGCCAUUGGAGUUGCAGAGACAAAAGGUGAUGCAUGGAAAGCUCUAUGGACAAUCUCUCUUCACAAGCUAUUUGCAGCCAUAGCUAUGGGCAUAGCUCUCCUCAGGAUGAUGCCAAAUCGUCCCUUGCUAUCCUGCGCGGCUUAUGCCUUCGCCUUCGCCAUCUCCAGCCCGAUUGGCGUCGCCAUCGGAAUCGUAAUCGAUGCCACAACUCAAGGCCCUGUCGCUGACUGGAUUUUUGCCAUAUCAAUGGGUCUGGCUUGUGGGGUGUUCAUUUAUGUAUCAAUAAACCAUCUGUUGGCAAAGGGAUACAUACCUCAAAACCCUACCAAGGCUGACACACCAACAUUGAAGUUUCUUGCAGUUUCGUUGGGCAUUGCAGUUAUAGCAGUUGUGAUGAUCUGGGACACCUGACAAAGUCAUUCUAAAGCAAUAAGCUCUGUUUUUCCCCCCUCCCUGGGCUGUGAGCAUAGUUAGAACUUAGAAGUUGAAAUUUCUGUAUGCUGGAAGUAGUGUGAAGUUGUAGAAACAUUCUUACACCCAAGCUUUUAUAUGGUUUGUCUAUAAUUUAGGGGCGUCUGGAUGAAUGAAAAAGAACUUUUAAUUAUGUAAAGUGAGACAAAAUCUUUUUUUGUAUACUAUAAAAUUACUUUUAAAAUUA